GGCGUCAACUGGUGAUGCUGGAGGAACAGGAAAGAAAUUGACUAGAUUUAAUGGGCGUAACAUUAGUAUGAGUAAGAGAAAUAAGAAGUCAAAGCAUAGAGAUAGGUCGGGGGAGCAGUCAGAGCCUGAGUAUGAGCCACAUCCACAUCAGCUAGAGCCACCGAUGAGAUUGAGGGCAGUUGGGUUUCCUCAUUUUGAUUUUAAGUUGCCUAGUAUGGUUGGUAGUGGAAGUCUUUCCAGUCACAACUUUGGGACGAGGGAUCAACAUACUUCAUCGUUGAAGCCUUCGGACAAGAUUGACGACGAGUUUGAGCAGUAUGAGGUGGAUGUUGUUGAGGAUCACAUUCCACGGGGCAGUCUGAUCAGAGAUAUCAUAGAGGUGCCAUCAGCCGAUCAUCACAUGGUGUUACUGGGAUUUAUAGAGACCAUGCGGGGCGUUUCUAUAGAGCUCCACAGGCGGGUGAGGGUCAGAGGGGUGAUGCUGAUGUGGGAGAGGAGUAGGAACUUAUAGGACCGUGUGCCAGAGGGUCGAGUGAUCCGAGUUUGCUCCUAGCUUUCUUGGGCAUGUUGCCCACCGUAUAUACACGGGACAAGCUUAUAGAGGGGUGAUCAUUUGCUACGAUAUGAUUUUGACGCUUGAGCACGUUCUACUACAUCACGUGAUCUCAGAUUCUCAUGUUAGGAGUACCGUAGAGAUAUCAGGCCUUGCUCACCUCUUAGAUAUCACCUUUCAGAACGAGCUGGACACUGCUCUCAUAUUGACAACUGGAUACUAACACCUUCCACAUGCCGUUUGGAGAGAUGACAAUCCUCCUUCACGACAUGGUUCACAUCCUUGGCAUUUCGGUUGAGGGAGAGACGAUGGCAGCGGAUCUGAGACAGUUGGAGAAGAUGUCACCAGAGGAUGACAUGCGAGCACUAUUGGGUGUGAUGGGGUGCGGAAUUAGGCUAAGGGGUGCAAGUUGGAGAGGCUCGGUGUUGCCUUCUUCUGCUGCUGGGGUCCAUACUAUUCGUAGAUAAGAGUAAGGACCGCAUUUCUUCUGUUAUCAACUUGUUUGUGAAGAGGCUGAAGAAAUUGCCUAUCUGUACAAGCAGCUUGGUAUUGCCUCGCGGGCAGAGGCUAAGGGAGUGGCGGGUUGUCUGACUUUACUACAGUGUUGGAUUUACGACCACUUUUCUACCUUGAGGCCUAGUCGAUUGGAGCCACGACAAUUGGAGUAGGGGGAGGCAGGGGCACUCAGGUGGCGCGGUAUCUCACCUCAGAGUGCCCACUUGUUGUGAGUCGACUUGCUUCCAUGAUUGGAUACUAUGUUAGCUACCACUCUGUUUAUGAUUCAUGGUGGAACAACCUAGGGGACAUUGUGUGCAUCUGGAAUUUUUUGUACUCUGGUACGACGUAGGCCAUAGGAGGUUACUGAUGACUACCUGGAGUGGUACCUUAGGCACUCGCACCCACAGAUACUGAGUGAUAGCCUACCUCUUCGUGAGUUCGUGAAGCUGAUGCCGUUAGUACAACCAUAUUUGAAAUUUUUGUAUGAAGUAAAAUUAUGUUUGAUUG